AUGGCACAGGAAUACGAAAGCACUGCUCUGAGCAAAAAGGAGCAGCGCAAGCUCAAGAAGAUGUUGCUUGAAACUGCUUCUGAUGAUGAGGAGGAAGAAGAACAGCUGGAUUUGGAGAAGCUGAACGAGAGCGCCGACGAAGAUGAGUUGGAACUGGAUCAGGAGUCUGACAUUCCUCUUUCUGAUGCAGAGAUCGGUUCUGACGACGACGUUGUUCCACACACCAAGCUGACUGUGAACAAAUUGACAGCCUUGAAGCAGUCGCUGGCCACUUUCGCGUACCCUUGGGACAAGCUCAAGUUCAACGAGCACCAGACGGUGACCUCGUCCGAGGCAGUUGCUCCCAAGAUUAAGGACGUUGACGACGACACAGAACGCGAGCUUGCUUUUUAUAAACAGGGACUGGAGGCUGCUGUCGAGGGACGCAAGAAGCUUCUGGCUUUGAAGGUGCCAUUUACUAGACCAAAGGACUACUUUGCAGAGAUGCUCAAGGACGAUUCACAUAUGGACAAGUUGAAGGCCAAGCUGGUCACCGAGGCUACCGAAAAGAAGGCUAGAGAGGAGGCCAGAAGACAGAGGCAACUCAAGAAAUUCGGAAAACAGGUUCAACACGAGACGUUGCAAAAGAGACAGAAGGAAAAGAGCGAUGCUCUGGCAAAGAUCAAAUCGCUCAAGCGUAAGAGACAGAAUAAUGAGAUUGGUGACGACGAAUUCAAUAUCGCCGUGGAAGAGGCUGCAGGCGAUGCUUCGGAUAGAGGACGCAGAGGAAGCAAGAAACAGCGGGUCGAGUCGAAGUUGAACCGCAAGAAGCCUCAACGUCCUGGAAAGAGCAAGAGACAUAGAAGAGGUAACUAA